UUUUCCAGGAGACCAUGAAUCGGUCGAUCGGGUGCUGUCUUCCCAUCAAUGACUCCAAACGGGCUCAGAUUCAUUGGGAAUGUCCAUACAGCACGCUUCAGAUGGCCCUCAUCGUCAUGGCGACCACGUCUCUGAGCGCUGUGACCGUCGCCGGAAACCUGCUGGUCAUCCAGUCCAUCAAAGUCAACCGGCGUCUGAGGACCAUCAACAACUACUUCCUGCUCAGUCUGGCUGGCGCUGACCUGCUGGUCGGGCUGGUGUCCAUGAACCUGACCACACUGUAUAAUGUCUGCGGGUUCUGGCCCCUGGGGGCCACUGUGUGUGACCUGUGGCUGGUUCUGGACUACGGUGUGAGCAGUGUGUCGGUCAUGAACCUGCUCAUUAUCAGUCUGGACCGCUUCUUCUGCAUGACCCGGCCGCUUAGCUACCCGGCCUGGCGGACGGCUGGGACGGCAGCGCUGAUGAUCGGCGCCGCCUGGCUGCUGCCUUUUGUGCUGUGGACCCCGGCCAUCCUCUGCUGGCAGUUUGCGGACAAUAAACGCGUUGUUCCGGAGGGGAAGUGCUACACGCAGUUGCUUGUCAGUCCAGCAGUGACUCUUGGAACCACGCUGCCGUCCUUCUAUUUGCCGGCGCUGGUCAUGGUUGGACUCUACAGUCGGGUCUCUGUGGCCAGCCGGAGCCGCCUGGGCCCGGCCCAUUCUGACUCAUCCGCGCGGCGGAGCACAAGUCCUUUGGUGAGAGAUUUUCUGCUGAAGCGAUGCAGCUGGACAGCCAGUGAGUCCUCCCCCAACACGUCAGACUCCAGAAUCCUGAAGCCCAGGAGGAACCAAGAGGACUCCAGGAGUCCAGGAGAGUCCUCGGAGCACACCGACUUCUCCAUGAGUCGUGGUGUGGCCCUGUCCACCAGGGAGGAAGAUGACUCGCCUCCUGCGGAGCAAGGUCCCCUGGCUAAGUUCUGCCACAGCUUCAGGUCUCUGGAGCAAAGGAAGCGGCGCAUUCUGGCCCGGGAGAGACGGGUCACCAGAACCAUUCUGGUCAUCAUGCUGGUCUUCAUCAUCACCUGGACCCCCUACAACGUGAUGGCCGUGGUCGCCGCCUUCUGCCAUUCCUGUGUGCCCAACAGCCUCUGGACCGCUGGCAUCUGGCUCUGCUACUUCAACAGCACCAUCAAUCCUGCCUGCUAUGCCCUUUGUAGCGCCACCUUCAGGAAGACUUUCAACAAUCUUCUACGCUGUCGCAGGAAGCUCAGUUAA